AUGACUACCGGUUUGGCGUUAGAAGACGUGCCCGUCACUCUGCUGGAGUUGCACUGCCCGAUGAUCUGGGACCGGACGGCCGAGUGCGAUCUCGAGUACAUGAGUCGUUUGAUCCCCGGAGAUGAGGACACGGUCAUGGAUGAGAUCAGACGGUUUGCUUCACGCAUCGCCAGCAAAAAUGUCACAUUCGAUGCAGAAUUUCUGACGCGGAUGCGAGAAAACCGUAUGGUUAGCCGCCAGGCAUACUACACGUUCGUCAUCCUUUACGCGCACCUCAUUUGCUUUGGUGCCUUCGGCAACGGGCUGGUGGUGUUGGCGGUGCUGCGGAAGGCAGCGAUGAAGACGGCGCGCAACAUGUUCAUCUUGAAUUUGGCCGUGUCAGAUCUGCUGCUCUGCCUGAUCACCAUGCCGCUGACGCUGAUGGAGAUUCUGUCACGCUACUGGCCCCUUGGCGAGGACACUGACUUCCUGUGCAAGCUGUUCGGUGGGCUGGAGGGCGUCUCCGUCUUCGUCUCCUCCAUGUCGAUCACAGCUAUCGCGCUUGAUCGAUAUCAGGUCAUCGUUUACCCGACACGCAAGAACCUGCAGUUGGUCGAGGUGUGCAUUAUUCUAGCCUGCAUCUGGGCACUGGCCACCUUGAUCGCUUCACCCAUGUUCAUCGUGCGCAAGCUGGAACAUCAGACCAUCAACCAGUCGGUGCUCGACUUCCCAGACUCCUUCGGCUACUGCAUCGAGGCGUGGACCGUGGAAAGCGGCCGAGCCUACUACUCUGUCUUCAGCAUGGUCUGCCAAUACGUGGUGCCCAUCAUCACCGUCAGCAUCGCGUACGCCCGCAUCACGCGCAAGCUGCGCUUCCGUUUGUCAGCGCUGGCCAACCGAACGUCGAGCCUGCGCGAGGGCCGACAGCAGCGCACGCGCCGGACGCACACGCUGCUGGUGGCCAUCGCGCUCAUCUACGCCGUAUCCUGGAUCCCGUUAAACAUCUGCAACCUGGUGUCCGACUUCAUUUCGUACAGCACCAGCGGCGCACUGGAGCAGAUGCGCAUCGCCUUCGCCGUCUGCCACAUGAUCGGCAUGUCAUCUGCCUGCUCCAACCCCAUCCUAUACGGCUGGCUCAACGACAACUUCCGCAAGGAGUUCCAUGAGAUCGCGCAGCGCGCGCUGCCUCAGCACUGCCAGCCGACUGCUGAUCAGAUGCUGGUCACCAGCGACAUUCCGCUGCAGGAGCUCUGA